AUGCCUGACAAAAGCCUCAAGUCCUUUGCGGACGCCCAAGUCCGGAAGAUCCUUCGCCACACAGCCUACCGCUCAAACCGCAAAGUUCGACUCACCGUCCAGUGGCAAGCCUCAGCCGAUGAUGACGCCACCACCACUGCAACCUUUUACGAGGCCGAAGUCCAAGAGGUCGACGAAGAUUUGGUUCUCAAGUACUGGAAAGAUGCCGGCGGCCGCGAUCAAGCUACCAACCUCGGCAAGGAUCGCGUCCUCAAGAUCUUGGACGAGAUGAAGCGUCAUUGGGUCUUCCAGUGGGUUGGCUACUCAGUGGAAGAGGGGAGUGCAGACCCAAAGUACGUCAUGGUUCACAAGCCCGGUGCCGGCGAGGCUAUUGUCAAGUGGCGGCGAGCUAUGUCGCAGAUACAGCUGGCCGCUGUAGAGGAUUGGUCUAUUGGGUUCGAACAAGACAGUGAAUGGCCAGCCUGGUCCCGCGAUUUGCCCGAGGUAGACUGGGACGACAUUGACGAGGAAGAACUUGCAAACUACGACUUUUCUUAUUGA